AUAAUAAAUUUUUCUUAGAAUAACAAUAAAAAUAUAUAAAUAUUUAUAUAUUAAUAAAGAAAAUUUAGAAAAAUUUCAAAAAAAUCAUACAUUCAUAAAAAUUAUUAUACAAUAAUUAUUUCGAUUUAUUAUUUCAUUGUGAAUAAUAAAAAUGUUUGGAAUAUUAAAUCUAGCAAAUAUUAUUUUUAGGUCCUCAUUAUGUUCAAUUAAAAAUUCACGCAAUAUCUCCGUGUACACACAUCCUUUAUAUUUUCGAGCAACGGAGAUACUUUUAGGAGAACCCUUAAAAAAGAAAAAAAGAAUUGAUCCUGCAAUAAUUAGAGCUAAAGAAGAAAAAAAGAAAAAGAAGAUACAAAAAAGAAUUCGCAUGUUAGAAAAGCAUGAAAAUCAUAUGAAACCAAUUUUUGAAAUUGAUACAUUGGCCGAAGUACUGCAAAAUGACAAAAGACCUUGUCAUUUGACAUCAUUAUCAGAGGAAGAAAUAGAAAGGAGAAGAUUAUUAGAAAGAGAAUGGAUUAAGUAUAAGCAAAAUCAAUGGUUAAAAGAUUUACACGUUAUAAAAUCUAUAUUGAGCUCGCAGGAAACGGCAUUGAAAGAAUUAAAAGCUAUCUCAAAACAGCUUUAUAAAAAAGCAGUCGAAUUUGAUGAUUCAUAUUUACCGUAUGAUGUAAUUGGACCGGUACAUACUCCACCAAUAGAAAAUUACGAUACUCCCGAUGGUGAAUAUAUAGAAACUACCAUUAAAUAUGCAGGAGAAUAAGUACACAAAACAAUGGAAUGGAUCAAUAAAAGAAUUAUUUUAAAUAAAGGAUCAUAGGAGUGAAAAAAAAAGUAAGACUCUCAUUAAAACUUAUAAUUAGAUAUAAUUCCUAUUAAUUAUUUUCCAAUUAUUAUCAAUCUAUAAGUUUACGAAUCAAAAUUAUGUAAAUUUAAUAAUAAAAAAAUUCAAUUUUUUAAUUUAAAUAAA